AGUUUUGUUAAAUUUUUUAUUUUUAUUAUUUCAGUUGUAUUUACGGCGAAGGACUUUCUCCCCGGAAUCCAAUGCUUCCCUCUGCAGCUUCUUUAGAUAAUGUAACUAAAACAAUAGGACGUCUCCUGGAUGGAUACGAUAUUAGACUUAGACCAAAUUUCGGAGGUGAUCCACUUUAUGUAGGGUUUGAUUUAACAAUUGCAAGUUUUGAUUCAAUAUCUGAAGUCAGUAUGGACUACACAGGAAUAACUUGUGAACACAAGGGAAUAACUUGUGAAAACAAGGGAAUAGCUUGGGAAAACAAGGGAAUAGCUUGGGAAAGCAAGGGAAUAGCUUGUAAAAACAAGGGAAUAGCUUGGGAAAACAAGGGAAUAGCUAGGGAAAACAAGGGAAAAGCUUGUGAGCACAAGGGAAUAGCUUGGGAAAGCAAGGGAAUAGCUUGGGAAAACAAGGGAAUAGCUUGGGAAAACAAGGGAAUAGCUUGGGAAAACAAGGGAAUAACUUGGGAAAACAAGGUAAAGACUUGUAUAAACAAGGGAAUAGCUUGGGAAAGCAAGGGAAUAGCUUGUAAAAACAAGGAAAUAGCUUGGGAAAACAAGGGAAUAACUUGGGAAAACAAGGUAUUAACACUAUCAGGAGAUUUUGCAGAGAAAAUAUGGGUUCCAGACACUUUCUUUGCAAAUGAUAAGAAAAGUUUCCUUCACGAUGUGACGGAGCAGAAUAAGAUGGUUCGGCUUCACGGUGAUGGAGCAAUCACAUACGGGAUGCGGUUUACGACAACAUUAGCCUGUAUGAUGGAUCUACAUCAUUAUCCACUAGACAGACAGAACUGCACAGUAGAGAUUGAAAGCUACGGGUACACUGUUUCUGAUGUUGUUAUGUACUGGAGGGAAGAACCCGUUGUUGGAGUAGAGGAUGCUGAGUUGCCCCAGUUCACUAUAAUGGGUUGGGAAACAAACGAAAGAAAAAUCAAACUCGCCACAGGAACUUAUCAGAGGCUGUCUUUAUCCUUCAAACUCCAGAGAAAUAUUGGAUACUUUGUGUUCCAAACUUAUCUUCCUUCCAUACUCAUUGUCAUGCUUUCCUGGGUCUCAUUCUGGAUUAAUCACGAGGCAACCAGUGCCAGGGUAGCUUUAGGUAUCACGACUGUACUGACGAUGACGACGAUUAGUACCGGAGUAAGGUCGUCGUUGCCCCGAAUCUCCUACGUGAAAGCUAUCGAUAUUUACCUUGUCAUGUGUUUCGUAUUCGUCUUUGCCGCGCUUCUGGAAUACGCCGCCGUCAACUACACAUACUGGGGCGCCAGAGCUAAAAAGAAGAAGAAGGAAAAGAAGCAGAAGGACAAGGAUAAGAAGGAGAAGUUGAUGAAUAAUAUUGUUAAAAAAAUUUCAGGGUCCGAGCAGUUUCCUCCCAGCUUCCGUAUGCACAGAAAUUACUCGUUUCCGACACGUGGCAGCACUAAUCACGUCUAUAGGAAGGAAAGACGGAGAACGAGGUUGUUAAAUCAGCUGAGAAAAGGCGCAGUAGUAAUUAAAUCCUCCCUGCCAAAAAUCCAAGAUGUGAAUGUUAUCGACAAAUAUUCUCGCGUUGUAUUCCCAGUUUCAUUCAUUCUCUUCAACGUUAUGUACUGGUGCUUCUAUGUACUACAAGUAUAGUCGUGACCCUGGAGAAACCUGUGCUCCAGGUACUCUAGGAGAUAUCAGAUUGUGAUCAGGGGAGAAACUUAUUGAAACCAACCCCGUAUAUAGUAAUUUCAGCUUACGGCUGUUUUAUUUCACGUUUUUACUCGAUUUAUUUAAUUGAACAAGCUCUUGAGCUUCCAUAUGUAGAGAAACAGAUUCAUGAAUACAGCUGUAAAACGGACACUAAAUAUGUGACAUUAUUUUAAUAAUCAGCUAGUUUAUCGCAGCAAUCUAAACAGUUUUUUUUAUAUUAACAAAUUUUGGAAAUAAAGUAAAACUAUGAGAAAAUAGCUCUCAAUAAAUUGACACUGUGUUUUAAAAUGAAUUUUUGAUUUUUAGUUUAGAUUGGCACACAACCUACACAACCCAAACAAUAACUAGCAUUCUCUUCUAUACUUCUUUAAUACACAAUAUAACCCGUUAUGUAAACUGUACAGUGUAGUGUACAGGGGUGUUUUAUCAUAAUUUUUUAAAGAAUCGUAAAUGCAUGAAUGACAUAUGAGGUUACUCACAAAGGUUGUGACUUCAGAGCCAAUUGUCUUUUGCUUGCAUUUCUGGUUUCAUGCGAUAGGAAACUUGUUUCUUUAUUUUAAAAAUCAAAAACUUCAUAAUUUACAGACUCCAAGUCAGAAAACCAAAUCCAACCUAGAAUUUUUUAUAUUUAAAAAGUUUCGCGUCGUCUCUUAAGUUUUAACCUUUUUAUCUCAAGGGGACGCCAUUUCUGUGGUUUUGUGGGGCACAUUGUAACUCCUGCAAUCAGAGUUUUAUUUGAUUUAGUUAAAUUAUGGAAAUGCUAGUUGACUACUUAAUAUUCAAAUAUUUAAAUGAUAUUUUCACACAUACAGAACUAUAGGAGUGAUCUUAACAACGAGAAGUUUUAUUAACCAGCCUAAUCUCUGUACACUCCCUUUAUUCCCCCCCCCNCCCCCUCCCCUUCCCACAUUGAUUCUCCUGAUGAUAAGCAGUUUCGGUCUAGAAAUAAUCUAUUCAUUGGUAUUAAGUAGAAGAAUUAGAGCCUAUAUAGAUUAUAAUAGUCCUCUACACUCUACACUCUACAGGUUGCCUAAACAAAGUAAACUUGCACUACACAUACAAAACAAUCUUGAUUACCCAACAUGGAUGCCAAUAUUAUUUAUCAAGAUUGGUUUCAUGGCUUGGAUUAUUUUCUUUAAGAAGAAUGUUUUCCUUGACACUCUGUGUCCAACCCUGAAGAUAUCCAGGGUUAUACUCAAUAUUCAAUCAGAGUAUAGGUUUUCUUAUAGUUUUAUUUACCCAGUGUAUUCAUGAUAAACAGUUUUACUCUGUACAUUGUACAAUGUAAAUUGUACACUGUGCAAUGGACAAUGUGCAGUUUGUGCACUGUACGCUGUACAGUCAGUUUACUAAUUUGUAAUUUACAUGCUUUGUUGCAUACAGUACACUUUAAUGUGUACAUGCCUUGUACAAAUCUGAUAAUAAAUACAUUGCAAUUUAA